AUGGCCACUAAGAAGAAAAAGACCAAGCUGAAAUCAAUAUCUUCUGGUCGUCCUCCUACCGUCAAACCCGUCCGGUCAAUAUCCAGCAAAGCCACGAGAGCACUCAUCCGGACUCAUCAUACUCUUGAAAAGGAUAGGGCGAAAGCUCUCGCAAAGGGCGACGAUGCAAAAGCGGAAGCUAUUGCGAAGCAAAUUGAGCUGAAUGGGGGUCUUGAAGCUUACCAAAAAGCAAGCUUAACCGGCCAGGGCAAUGACAGAGGAGGAGAUAGCUCAAGGAUUCUAAUGGAAUGGUUGAAGCCGAUUGUACCAACGUUAAAAAAGCAGGCUGGGGAUGGGGAGUCACUGCGUCUAUUGGAGGUUGGGGCUUUAAGUCUCACGAAUGCUUGUUCGAAGAGCCGCUUGUUUGAGGUGGAAAGAAUCGAUUUGAACAGCCAGGCCCAAGGAAUCAAGCAGCAGGAUUUUAUGGAACGGCCUCUUCCACGCGAUCAGGAUGAGUGUUUCGAUAUCAUCAGCCUCUCUCUCGUUGUCAACUUCGUUCCAGAUGCUGUGGGUCGGGGAGCGAUGCUACUUCGGACUAUCCAAUUCUUGAGGAGCAGAAAGUACAGUGAAGGACUUGAAGACUUCUUGCCUUGCCUUUUCCUUGUCUUGCCUGCCUCUUGCGUAACAAACUCGCGGUACAUGGACGAAGGACGGCUAGAAGCUAUUAUGGAGGCUCUGGGAUUCGUCAGGGUCCAGAAGAAACUUUCGAACAAGCUUGUGUAUUAUCUGUGGAAGAUGGGGACGCCGACCGUAAAGCGGAAUUUCGGCUUCAAAAAGCAAGAAAUUCGGGCAGGACAGGACCGGAACAAUUUUGCGAUAGUCUUGAAGUGA